CAAAUAGCGCACAACACGAUGUGGAGUUGGACAUGUCCUGACCGCUAGCCGAAGUACUAUGAAGAGAAAGGGCUUUAUUUAAUUACGAAACGUAUGGUCACGUCAAAGACCUUCGGAGCUUGAACUGAACAGUAACAUAAAAUGUUUACAUGAAGAUAGAAGGCGGUUGUCGUUUUCUUUUUACUGACUGACUGGGCUGACUGUUGAGGAGCAGGGCUGCCUUAUUAGCCAGUCAAGAUGGACACCGCUGAGGAAGCGGACAUCUGUCGGGUAUGUCGGUCGGAGGGUAGCCAGGACAAGCCUCUCUACCAUCCCUGUGUCUGCACUGGCAGCAUCAAGUUUAUCCAUCAAGAAUGCUUACUGCAGUGGUUGAAACACAGCAGAAAAGAAUACUGUGAAUUAUGCAAACACAGGUUUGCAUUUACACCAAUCUACUCUCCAGACAUGCCAUCCCGCUUGCCUGUCCAGGACAUCUUUGCAGGACUGGUCACCAGUAUUGGAACAGCCAUCAGAUACUGGUUCCAUUAUACACUGGUUGCCUUUGCCUGGCUAGGGGUGGUGCCUCUCACAGCAUGUCGCAUCUACAAGUGUUUAUUUACCGGCUCUGUGAGCUCUCUCCUUACGCUGCCAUUAGAUAUGCUUUCAACGCAAAACCUGCUAGCAGACUGCCUCCAGGGCUGUUUUGUGGUCACUUGCACACUGUGCGCCUUCAUCAGCCUGGUGUGGCUUAGAGAGCAAAUAGUCCACGGUGGCGCUCCUCAGUGGUUAGAGCAGAAUCCUCCGCCUCUGGUUCCUAACCAGCAGAACGGCCUUGCAGCAGCCAAUGAGGUUCCGGGUGCUAACGCUGGUGUCAACGCACAGGCUGCCGCAGAAGCCCCGCCCCCUGCAGACCCUGCCCCAGACGGGCUGCCUCCUGCCGACCCCCAAGAAGCUGGCAGAGAUGAGGCGGAACUUGACGACGAGGAUGAGGACGAUGAUGGGGAAGAAGACGAGGAUGAGGACGAUGAGGAAGGCAGGGAAGAGGACGCUGCUGAUGCUAACAAUGGAGGACAAGAAGAUUUGAACUGGAACGCCCUGGAGUGGGACCGCGCAGCAGAGGAGCUGACCUGGGAAAGGAUGCUGGGACUGGAUGGCUCUUUAGUUUUUUUGGAACAUGUGUUCUGGGUGGUGUCUCUCAACACCCUUGUCAUCCUCGUCUUUGCUUUUUGCCCGUAUCACAUCGGCCAUUUCUCCGUGGUUGGACUGGGCUUUGAAGAUUAUAUCAAAGCUUCACACUUUGAUGGCCUCGUCACCACCAUACUGGGGUACAUCCUCCUGGCUGGAAAUCUCAUACUCUUCCAUUCCUUAACUUGCCCUCUUCAGGCGUUUGCUUCAUUGGUAAGGUUCCAGCGGUGCAGACGUCUCGUGGGUGUGUUCUACAUCGUCGUCAAGGUGUCCCUGCUGGUUGUCAUGGAGAUAGGCUUGUUCCCGCUGAUUUGUGGCUGGUGGCUCGACAUUUGCUCGCUGGAAAUGUUUGAUGCGACUCUGAAAGACAGGAAGCAGAGUUUCGACUCCGCCCCCGGUACCACCAUGUUCCUCCACUGGCUGGUGGGCAUGGUCUACGUCUUCUACUUCGCCUCCUUCAUCCUGCUGCUCAGAGAGGUGCUCCGGCCCGGUGUGCUGUGGUUCCUGAGGAACCUGAACGAUCCAGACUUUAACCCGGUCCAGGAGAUGAUCCACCUGCCCAUCUACAGACACCUGCGCAGGUUCAUCCUCUCUGUGGUCGUGUUUGGCUCCAUAGUUCUGCUAAUGCUUUGGCUUCCUAUCAGAAUCAUUAAACUGCUCUUCCCAAACUUCCUGCCCUACAAUGUCAUGCUGUACAGCGAUGCCCCCGUCAGCGAGCUGUCGUUGGAGCUGCUUCUGCUUCAGGUGGUGCUUCCGGCGCUGCUGGAGCAGGGCCACACUCGCCAGUGGCUCAAACGCCUCGUCCACGCCUGGACCUUCACCGCUGGAUACAUGCUUGACCUUCACUCCUACCUGCUUGGGGACCAUGAAGACGAUGAGGAUGAUAAUCCAAACAACAACCCUCCCGAUCGCCAUAACAACAGGUUCCCUGGCCUGGGGGAGGGGCUUCACGCUGCCCAUCAGGCCAUUCUGCAGCAGGGCGGUCCUAUCGGCUUUCAGGCGUACCAGCGGCCCGUCGACUUCCCCCUCAAGAUCAUCCUGCUGGUCGUCUUCAUGUGUGUGACGCUGCUGAUGGCUAGUCUGAUCUGCCUCACACUGCCGGUGUUUGCUGGCCGCUGGCUGAUGUCGUUCUGGAUGGGCAGCGCCAUGGUCCAUGAGCUGUACACGGCGGCCAGCGGACUGUACAUCUGCUGGCUGUCCAUCCGAGCCGCCACCGUGGUGCUGUCCUGGAUGCCACAGGGACGCACCAUCAUCCUGAUCAAAGUCCACGAGUGGAGCCUCAUGAUCCUGAAGACCCUGGUGGUGGCCGUGCUGUUGGCCGGGGUGAUUCCUCUGCUGCUAGGUCUGCUGUUCGAGCUGGUCAUCGUCGCUCCUCUCAGAGUGCAGCUGGACCAGACACCUCUCUUCUACCCCUGGCAGGACUGGGCCCUGGGCGUGCUUCAUGCUAAAAUCAUCGCUGCCAUCACACUGAUGGGCCCCCAGUGGUGGCUCAAAACUGUCAUCGAGCAGGUGUACGCUAACGGUAUCCGCAACAUCGACCUCCACUUCAUCGUGCGGGGUCUGGCGGCACCCGUUAUCUGCGUCCUGCUGCUGUCUCUCAGUGUUCCUUACACUAUCUCUAAAGGCAUCACACCGCUGCUGGGUGUGACACCAGAGAUGCAGAUCCUGGUGGAGCGGAGGAUCUAUCCCUUGCUAAUGAUGGUGGUCAUCCUGUUGGCCAUCCUGUUCUUCCAGAUACGACAGUUCAAACGCCUCUACGAACACAUCAAGAACGACAAAUACCUGGUGGGUCAGCGUCUGGUGAAUUAUGAGCGUAAGAACGGCAGGAGGACGUCUAUCUCCUCUUACGGCCCCUCCCCUUAAACGAUAGAGCCGACUCACUAUGCACAGCGCUGGGAUCUGACUUUUCCUCAGCUCCUGUGGUGAAACUUUUUUUCUCCGUUUGCUCUGUGCUUUUCUGUCAAAUGCCAACUUCAAACAAUCUCUAAACUUUCACCUGCAGCCUAGUCUUCUUAUUCAACUCCUGCUGUGAGACAUUGAGGAAUGAAGACAAACAAGUCUUCAUGGAACAUUUCAAUUUCCAGGUUUUUCUGCCAGCAUGAUUGGAGCUCAUCAAAAACGCUGUUGACUGUCAGCCCUGUUUAAUGUGUCCGUUUGUGUCUGAGCUGACAUUUUAAGCUGUAAUUAUAUCAUUUUUUAAAAAUAGGUUUGAGUUGAAGUCAGGUCAGUUGAGCACAGCUUUUACUUCAGAUUGUUCUUCCCCUUUGAAUGCGUGCCGUGAAAUGUCGUCUAGCUCACACUGAAGUGUCUCUUAAUGGGACGUUUUUGACAUUUCAGAGCUGCAGAGGCGAUAUUUGCACGGGAAUGCCUCUGUGUUCCCGUUCCGAUUGUCGAUUCGUAUCAAAUGAUACUCUUCAUCAAAUUGAGGUCGUCAGUGAUAAUGAGGGACAUGAAGAUGUAGCAUUGUGAUUGUAUUCGUGUUUGUUUUUAGAUGUUUUUUAAAUUAAUUUUAGUGUUACAUUUCUGGAGUGAGCUGUUAAAUAAUUUCCAGAAGAAGUGAAGAAAGAAAAUUAUAUUUUUUGACACUCUGGAAACAGCCGAGGACAUGUUUUUUUUUCUUACAAUGUUCUCGCGUACAUUGUAAAAACUGUCUGGAAUGUGUGCUACGUUCCCACAGGAGAGGAAAAUUCAUUACGUUUGUUUUUUUACUAACAUUUUAACUGGAAAAACAUCCUCACAGCAUUUCUGCCGGUGUUACAUCCUGUGACUGACACUGAUUUUACGGAAAUAUUUAUUCUGAUGGAUGAAAAAUAUUGCUGCUAAUUAGCUGUUUCAACAACUGUUUGAACACUGACUUUCCUUACCAAGGGAAGGUGAACUACAGACACUGCAUUAAUAGUACUAACUCAAAAAGAGUGUCCAUGUAUGCAGAUAUAAUUAAAACAACUCCUACCAACAUAUAUAAACGUUAGAUUUUCCCAUAAAACUGUUUAGGCGACUUCUUGUUUACACAGUCGAAUGCUUUCGAUUGGAUGAAGCAAAUUUUUCGCUAGAAAAUAUUUUAUCAUUACUGGUCUUCACUAGCUAAGACAUUCCCUGUGUUUCACUGGUGCAACCUCAUUUAGUAAAAUACUUGGGUUUUAAAUGAUUAUACUAGAACUUAUGAAGGAUUUUACACACAAACAAGGGAAGGGGUUUAGCUGGUCCAUCCCAAUCUUACCCAUUUCCCCUGAAGGCAAAAGUUGUAUUUCAUAAAAAGGUACUUAUUUCACAAGGCCUCUAAAGUCCACUGCUCGGAUAUCUACCAGUCUAAAAUGAUGUAUAAAAAGGAAAACCAAAAAUAAAAUGGGAAAUCCUUAGUGGCUUAAACGACCCUGAGAGCUAAGGCCAACUGAAGAACGAUGUAGAAGCAAAAAAUGCAUAGAGUAAAUAAAAAUUCAAAUUAUAUAUUUUUGGAAUCACUUUUCUAAACAAGCUACUAUGAAAUAUAAAGUGGUAUACUGCUAUUUAAGAUUUUCAGCACAAUUUACAAAGAUGGUUAGCUUAGCUUAGCAUAGCGUCUGUAAAUUGGAAAAAGAAUAACCUGGAUCUGAAGCUCACUAAUUAGCAUUUUCUUGUAAAAAAAUAAUGUAUUUCACUUUUCACAAGGGGGUUGGAUGCUGGAAUUAUGUCAUAGCAGGGGGCAAACAAUAGAAAAAGAAAGUUCCCAGAAUGUUCAAUCAUUUUUUGACGUUCGGAACAUUUCAGUUUUGACGGACACUUGGGUGAUGUUUUCUCAACAGUUUCAGAAUUUUGAGUCAGAAGUUAGAUUUCUAAUCACAUACAAAUCCAAAUAGUUGCAAUUAAAUAAGAAUAAUUGAUUUAAAAAAUGUCAAGAUUGUUACGACAUAAUAUAGUUUAAAUUAAAAUAACAAGCAUUAGCCUUUCUUUCAAACUGCCAGUAAAAACGGAGUUCUCUCUUCCUGACUAGAUUUUGUUUCUUAAGGGUUACAAUGAUGAUCUGGUAGUAAAGUUUUUUUGCUUUUUUUCAUGCAAUUGUUUGAAUGUGUUGCUGCACUUUAUACCACAGUUUGCAACCAUUUCAGAAUCCAUUGUCACACAAUCAACAUGUUUGAUUUCCCUCCCACUGACACACACAGAUAAAUCAGUAUUUCACUGUGUUGAUUUUGCAAAAUGGGUUUGACUUAAAAGAUGAUCGUUUUUUGACAGUGCAUUUGUGUUUCAUUAGGAGUUUAGUAAACAAACUGAUUUUCUAUUGAUAUGGAAUGUAAAUGAUGUUAACUUUAGUGCCGACGGCUUUAGUGCUGCUUUGUGGAAUGCUCCAAUUAGAUACAUGAUGCUAUAAAGUGACCUUUAAGUAUCCUCGUGAACUGAGCUGGACACUUCGAAUUUUGGUCUUCAAUUUCAAUUUCUAGAAGCAAAUGAUUUAUAUUUUUAUAUGUGCAAAAAAACGCAAUGGCAUGUACUGCAUCAUAGAGGUAUGUGCUUUAAGGUCUAUCCAAUGUUGGUUCAGUAAUAUGAAGCAAUAAAAAAUUGUUGAAAUGA